AUGUCUGACAUCAGUGAUAAGUACAACAUAAAGUGUCCAGGUGUUAAAAGAUUAAUGAGAGAAGCUAUUGAGUUAGCAGAGGCGACAGAGGAAUACUGUGCGCGACCUUUGGAAGAUAAUCUUUUUGAAUGGCACUUCACGGUAAGAGGCCCUCCUGGUACCGAUUUUGAAGGUGGAAUUUACCAUGGGCGCAUCUUAUUACCUAAAGAGUAUCCUAUGCAUCCGCCGCAUAUAAUACUCUUAACACCGAAUGGAAGAUUCGAAGUUAAUAAGAAAAUAUGUUUGUCUAUCUCAGGAUAUCACCCAGAGACGUGGCAACCAUCUUGGUCAAUCAGGACUGCUCUGUUGGCCUUGAUUGCUUUUAUGCCUACUCCUGCCGAAGGUACUAUUGGUGCCCUUGAGUACUCACCGGCAGAGCGUAAAACUCUUGCAAAAAAAUCCACCAGCUGGGCAUGUGCUCAAUGUGGUGAAAUUGCUCCAUUGUUAUCCUCUAAUGCAGCUAAGCCAAUAACAGAAGAAGAAAAGUCAGUAUUAAAUCAAAUUGCAUUUAAAGGAGAGGAGGAACAAACACCAAAACCGCCUGAGCCUGAACCAACCUAUGAACCAGAGCCUCAGAUAUUAGAAUCUGUUGACUCUAGCACCACAUUUUUGGAUCAAAUUUUGGAGAUAAUAGUGGCUCUCCUUGUAGGUGCUAUUGCAAUAUUUAUUUACAGGCGAUGGAAUUCAUAUGCAGCUAUUGAUACUGAUUUAUAA